AGAGCGUCAGCGCCCAAGCCAGGCUCAUCCGGGAAGCCACUCCGGUGGCCGCGGGGUGCCCAUGCCAGCACCAGAUCUCUCUUCGGAAGGAGGAGCGGGGCGGGCUACACGGCCAGACGGGCCCUCCCCUUCAGGCCGGGUGGGCCGCGCGCUUGCGAUUUUCCGUCCGUGGUCCCGGGGCAGCCCGGGCCAGCCCAGGAGAACCCGCGAGCCCAGCGGCGCCUGCACCUGCGGCUUCCGGGAGCCGGGCGGCCCCCGCGGUGCAGGCGCGCGUCUAACGGCUUUGCGAGGCUCACUAGGUCUGAGAGGUCGGAGGCCGCCAGUGUCGCUGCUGAAGGGUGGACCAGGCGGGAUCGCGGAUUCUGGGCUAGAUCGCAGACUUGGAGCCAGUGGUUGGGGGUCUGAGAAGAACUCACCACCUUGAAGAAGUUCUUCGGCUUUGGCAGCCGCAGGGGCCGGCGGUCCGGGGCUCCCUAGGCCACGUCUACAGGGGUUCGGGGUACCGAAUCGGAAGAUCCACAGGGCGCUGUCAAGGGCGAAGCCGCGGAGGUGCAGCGCUGCCUGGCGUGCAGGAGCAGAGACCUGGAAGCCGGGGACACGCAGCACAGGCAGUGGGGAGGUGCCUAAUGAGAGAACUGAUUCCGUGAGUCGGCCGGGCGCGGUGGCUCAGGCCUGUAAUCCCAGCACUUUGGGAGGCCAAGGCGGGCGGAUCACGAGGUCAAGAGAUCGAGACCAUCCUGGAAUUCGACACCAAAUUUUGGAACUUAAAAAGAAGAUUCUUAAAACUUACAAUCCAGAUUCUGGGAGUUCUGAUGAAUAUACAGUCAGCCCAGGGCUUCCCAGCUGUCUUCAUCCAGGCCUGUGUGGGUGUUCACAGUGGUCCUCAUCUAAGCCAGCCAAGAAGAUCCCUGUCAUCCUCGUGACAGCCAGCCCAGAUGUCCCUAGCCGUCCUCAUCAAGGCCAGCCAGUUUGCUUACACGUGUGCUAAUUGGAGCCAGCCACCCUCAUAGAGGCCAUCCCAGAUUACGAUGAGGACCUGGUGCAGGAAGCUUCAUCUGAAGAUGUCCCGGGCGUUCAUAUGGUGGACAAAGACACAGAGAGAGACAUUGAGAUGAAACGGCAAAUACGGCGACUACGGGAGCUCCACCUAUACAGCAUAUGGAAGAAGUACCCAGAGGCGAUGAAGACAUCCUUGGGAGUUCCACAACGUGAGCGUGACGAAGGCUCCUUGGGCAAGCCAUUGUGUCCACCCGAGAUACUCUCGGAGACGUUGCCAGGCUCUGUGAAGAAAGGUGUACGCUUUCCAUCAGAAGAUCAUCUAGAGGAGUUUAUAGCAGGACAUCUCCCUGAAGCAUCCAAUCAGAGUUUCCUCACUGUUGCCCAUGCAGACACGGGCACCCAAACCAACGGUGACCUGGAAGACCUGGAGGAGCAUGUGCCAGAGCAGACAAUCUCUGAGGAAGCCACAGGGGUUCACAUGAUGGAGGGGGACCCAGACACACUGGCCGAACUUCUGAUCAGGGAUGUACUUCAGGAGCUGUCCAGUUACAACGGCGAGGAGGAGGACCCAGAGGAGGUGAAGACAUCCUUGGGAGUUCCACAACGUGGUGACCUGGAAGACCUGGAGGAGCAUAUGCCAGGGCAGACAGUCUCUGAGGAAGCCACAGGGGUUCACAUGAUGCAGGUGGACCCAGCCACACCGGCAAAGAGUGACCUGGAAGACCUGGAGGAGCAUGUGCCAGAGCAGACAAUCUCUGAGGAAGCCACAGGGGUUCACAUGAUGCAGGUGGACCCAGCCACACUGGCAAAGAAAUUGGAAGACUCCACCAUUACAGGCAGCCACCAGCAGAUGUCAGCAAGUCCUUCCUCUGCACCUGCAGAAGCAGCAACAGAAAAGACCAAAGUGGAAGAGGAAGUGAAAACCAGGAAGCCCAGCAAGAAAAGCCGGUGGAAUGUCCUGAAAUGUUGGGACAUUUUUAAGAUAUUUUAGAGACCUCUGAAGAUUCCUCGAACACCAGGAAGGGCCCCGAUGUGGGGAUGUCAACAUGGCUCAGACUUGAUGUGGAUCGUGAUCAUUUCGGGAAAUGUGUUACUCCAGAAACUUUUAUAAUCUUUGCUUAAUUUGUUUUUAAAUACUUUCCUGGCUGGGCGUGGUGGCUUAUGCCUGUAAUCCCAGCACUUUGGGAGGCCGAGGCGGGUGGAUCACCUGAGGUCAGGAGUUCAAGACCAGCCUGGCCAACAAGGUGAAACCCCAUCUCUACUAAAAAUACAAAAAUUAGCUAGGCGUGGUGGCGCACUCUUGUAGUCCCAGCUAUUUGGGAGGCUGAGGAAGGAGAAUCACUUGAACUCAGGAGGCGGAGGUUGCAGUGAGCCGAGAUCAUGCCACUGCACCCCAGCGCCUGGCUACAGAGUGAGACUUUGUCUCAAAAAAAAAAAAAAAAAAGAACAAAAAAAUUCUGACUUUAACCUCUGUUUUUCAGAGGGCACAAAUUGUUCUUGUAUUGUUUCCAUUUUACAUUUUUUUCUUGAAGUUAUUUUCCAAUUGUUUUCAUUCUUUCUGAAGUUUUGUUUACUCAGUUUUAAGUUUUUGUAAUUUUGAUAGACUUCUUUUGUGCUUUCAUUUUCUUAAUGACUUUUACCUCAUUUUUAAAACAAAUCCAUAGUAUGGAUGAUAUUGAUGUUGAAAUGUCUUACGAUGAUCAUUUAGAGGUUUAUUUUGAACAACUGGCAAUUCCAGGAAUGAUGGAAUAAAACAUACGAAGUAGAAGGACUGGAACCUCCAGAAAAAGUACUUUAAGUUACCUACAGGUGACCCUAGUCGGGUAUGAAUUGAUAAGAAAUGCCUGCACCUUCCCUCCUUCCUAUCUUUCCCUUGCCUACAGAAAAUUAAAAGGGAAAGCAAUGGACAUCUGCAUAUUCUUCAUUCAGAUCAACCAGUGGCUAGCAUUUGCCACCUUUUGCAGUUUCUUUCUCUUUCCGCAAAUGAAAAUAGUAGCCUAAAGUGUCAGUUUCAACCAGAAAAUAACAGCUCUGAUUUCUCAUGGCUCACACUCGUCUGAAACGACUCGGGUAGAGGCUGAGGAAGGCCAUGUUGUUUGUCUACCUGGGACUACACCUACUGAAAGAAGUUCUCAAGUUCUGAUUGAGUUCUAAAAUUUUUUGAAGAUUGGAAUUCUUCAUAUGCAAAAGAAAAUGUGUAUGUGUGUUAAAUACAGUCAGCCCUCUUUAUCUGUGGGUCCUGCAUCCUUGCUUUCUACCAACCUCAGAUCAAAAAUAUUCCAGAAAAAAAAGGAUGGUUGCAUCUGUACUGAGUAAAAAGAGAAGAGAAAGACAUUCUUGAUUUUGGUGACUAGAGUUGUAGUUGCUGGAAGCUUUGCCACUAACAUUGAUGAACCAGAUGCAUGUCACCAGCCCAUCACGGUGAUUCUUAAUGCCGGCACCAUGGCCCGGCACUGCCACGUUUUCCAAGGAACCUGCCAGAGCUCCUGCGGAAGCUGCUCCUCGGGCGAUGGAGUCCCUUCGCUGGUAGGCCCUUCUUCAGUCACCACAGGAUGCCUGCCAUUCAUGAACAGGAAGGAGAGGACGGGCUUUGAAUAAAAAACAGGAUCCAGGAAAUAUUUGUGAGGCCAUUUGGACUUCAGUGUGAAAUGGUGUUAAAAGAUGAAGUCAUUUAUUCAAGAAGUAAACAUCUGCCACCUGGACUGUGCUCAGACAUUUCAUUGAUUUUGUUUAAUAAACAUUUUCUGGCUUUGGGAGGUGUCUCUCUUGGUAGAACACAGUGUCAAAGAUGGACAAGAUGGACACAUAGUCCAUUAUUUGGUAUUGUUUGUGUAUGGGAGCAGACCACAAAUUAAUGUUUGGAGAACAAUUUUGUCAUAACACUGUUGAGGCUCAGUUGUACAGAACUGGAAAAGUCUUUCAGCUUGGCACAUGUCCUGAUUCAGCCUUUGUUUAACAUAUAUUCCAAUCCGGAUUCUAUCUUCACUGGCUACAAAGACCACCUGAUACGUGCACCACGACACAGGAGCUGCUGGAGAGGGGGUAGUGUUAUCACCUCAAACUCACGGCCAUAUUUUUCAAAAGCCAGCUUAGAGAGAGGUGUACUGAUAGCUGCAUAGAGAACAUGCAGUCCAUCCAUUCUUCCCAGUGAUGUACAUUUCUCAAUCAGUAACCACGUGGUAUACCAGCCUUGAGUGUCACAUCUCCCAACCAUACCAAAUGGAUCACCUAACUGGAGGUGGGGGGGGCCCCUCAGAAAUGAGAUUUCGUAUUUACUGUAAAAUUGCAUUAUUUUUUCUUUUGAGGUGGAGUCUCACUCUGUUGCCUGGGCUGGAGUGCAAUGGUGUGAUCACUGCUCACUGCAACCUCCGCCUCCUGGGUUCAAGCAGUUCUCCUGCCUCAGCCUCCCAAGUAGCUGCAAUUACAGGCGCAUGCCACCACUCCCAGCAAAUUUUUAUAUUUUUAGUGGAGACAGGGUUUCACCAUGUUGACCAGGCUGGUGUCAAACUCCUCACCUCAGGUGAUCUGCCCACCUUGGCCUCCCAAAGUUCUGGGAUUAAAGGUACGAGCCACCGCAACUGGCUGAGAAUCUUUUUAUUUGCUGAUUUGUCUGUUGUGUAUUUUCUUUGUUCAGAUGUCUCUUCAGAUCUUUUUCUCACUUUUAAAUUGUUUUUUAAUUGUUAAGAAUUUUCUGUCUAGUUUAGAUAUAAGCCCUUUAUCAGACAUGUGUUUUGCAAAUAUUUUCUCCUAGUCUGUGGCUUGUAUUCUGUCUCUUAACACUCAUUUUAUUUUUACUUUUGGAACUAAAGAAGAAGAAUGGUCAGCUUUCCAUUAUUCUUGUAACAGUAAUGGCAGAACCAAGUCUGCUAAUGCUACACUGAGCAAAGAAAGUCACCUGGUGAAGUCCAACAUUAAUGAAAUGGGGUAGUACAUGCAGGCGGCGUUGGGGGUGGGGAGGGAACAAAUGCUUCUUGAGAGUAAUAUAAUCUGCCAUACCAUCCAGGAACCUACAAUGGCUAUCUAUUACCUUAUUCUCUGGUUUGUUUAAUGUUCGAAUCUUUCCGAAAGAUCCUUCAACCUUUCUGGAAGAAUCUAAUCUGAUAACACCAUCAAAAACACAUUACUUCUUUUGGCAUAAUUUAAAUUGUAAGACAUCAUUCACAUUUAUCAAUGUUACAUAUAUAAGAACUCACCCACCAUAUUCCUCCUUGAGGAAUUACAGCAUGUAAUUCUAUAACCAUUUUUAUAAUCGUCUAACAAUUUUAUAAUGGAUUGGUUGCUUACUAUCAAUUUUUUAAAAGUCAUGGCUUCUCCAGUCAUUUCUUGCUUAUCAAAAUUAUUUCAUGAGAUGGGUCUCUCCUUGUAUAUUUGAAAAUGAGGUUUGCUUCCUUCUACUUAAAAAACAACUUGAACAUACCUGUUUGGAUCACAUGGUCUUGUCCUGAUAACUUGGAAGAGGUUGCUUCAGCAUUGUUCUUAUUGUUGCGGUGGUGAUUAUUAACAUUGUUUCAUAUUCCGUUUAAAAAAUUAAAAUUUUACACGAGA